UAUCUUGUGUCCUGUGACCAAAAUCAUUUAAUAAGUCCAGGAGGUUUUGUGGAUUCUUGUUUCUUCCCUUCCAGUCCGUAUGUCUUUUAUUUCCUUUCUUGCUUUAUUGCAAUGGUUAGAACACCCAGUAGUCUAUGGAAUGGUGAGAAUGGACAUCCUUGCCUUAUUCACAAUCUUCAGGGGGGAAAAAAAUCCCUUUCUCCCCCUAAGUGUACUGUUAAGUGUAAUGUUGGUCUGUGUGUGCCGAGCUUUUAUAAACGCUGUGGGGAAGGAGCAGUUUAUUGACUUGCUGCAUCGGCUCCCCCAGAGGCAGCCCCCCCCCCCACCCGCUAGUGGAUAGAGGCCAAGCAGUUCUGUUGGAGUGAAGUAUGAGGAACACAGAGCUGGGAAUUUGGGAGUCAGAACAUUCAGAUUUAAAUGUUGCCUCCCUAUCUUCUGGCUUGAGGACCCAGGCGAACUACCAUCCUGUGUCCACACCCUGUGGGGGUCAUUACAGCCCCGCCAGGGGCAGCCCCAGCCCCACAGAAAGAGCUGGAGUAGUGCCCACGCUUAGUGAGACCUUCACCCUGCCCUGCUGUGGCCCCACCCCAGCACCUUGAUUUACAUACCUCUGUGGAAGGCUGGACAACUUCCGAUGGAUCCUGAGAAUUUGCAUUGAGACUCUUAAACUCAAAAUGAUCCAGGAAUGUUUGCUGUCUCCAGGGCUGACUGCUCCUGUCUGUUUCCUGGCUCUUCCACUUCCCAUCUGUGUAAACUCGGGCAAAUCCUGCACGCCCCAGAGUCACCAUGAGUUUCAUCAUCUGUAAAAUGGGCGGAACGACAGAACCACUCCAGAGGGCCGUCGUGAAGACGGCGUGAACGCAUGUAACCUUUCUAGCAGCGCCUGACAUGUUAGCCAAGAUUUUUUAAAAAAUGGAUUUGGCCAACCAUGGACUUAUUCUCCUGCAACAGUUAAACGCUCAGCGAGAGUUUGGUUUCCUGUGUGACUGCACGGUUGCCAUCGGCGAUGUGUACUUCAAGGCACACAAAUCAGUUCUUGCUUCAUUCUCCAAUUACUUUAAGAUGUUGUUUGUCCAUCAGACCAGUGAGUGUGUCCGUUUGAAGCCCACUGACAUCCAGCCAGACAUCUUCAGCUAUCUGCUGCAUCUGAUGUACACCGGGAAGAUGGCGCCUCAGCUGAUCGAUCCCGUUCGACUAGAGCAGGGGAUCAAGUUUCUGCAUGCUUACCCGCUGAUCCAGGAGGCCAGCCUGGCCAGCCAAGGAGCCUUUUCUCAUCCCGACCAAGUUUUCCCGCUGGCUUCCUCCUUGUAUGGCAUCCAGAUUGCAGAUCAUCAGUUAAGACAAGCCACCAAGAUUGCUUCGGCACCUGACAAACUUGGCCGCGAGGCCCGGCCGCAACCCCCCAGGAUGAGCCAGGAGCAGGUGCCUGAGGCCUCGCAGCUCUCCCAGCUGCCUGCAAACCUGACCCAGGUGAAUCGGACUCACAUGACCCCCUCGGACCCGCUGCAGACCUCGCUGUCGCCCGACCUCGUCUCCACGCCCGUCCCCCCGCCUCCCCCCGGGGAGGAGACCAACCUGGAAGCCUCCUCCUCUGACGAACAGCCCGCAUCCCUGACCAUAGCCCACGUGAAGCCGAGCAUCAUGAAGAGGAACGGGAGCUUCCCCAAGUACUACGCCUGCCACCUGUGCGGGCGGCGCUUCACGCUCCGGAGCAGCUUGCGGGAGCACCUCCAGAUUCACACGGGGGUGCCCUUCCCAGCCAGCCAGCCCGGCGAGAGCCGCGUGCCCCUGUCGCUCUGCAGCACCACGGCGGACCUGGGCAAAGACGCCAUGGAAGUGCCUGAAGCGGGGAUGAUCAGCGACAGCGAGCUGCAGCACAUCUCGGAUUCGCCCAUCAUCGACGGGCAGCCGCACUCGGAGACGCCGCCGCCCUCGGACAUCGCGGACAUUGACAACCUGGAGCAGGCGGACCAGGAGCGGGAGGUCAAGCGGCGCAAAUACGAGUGCACCAUCUGCGGCCGCAAGUUUAUCCAGAAGAGCCACUGGAGGGAGCACAUGUACAUACACACCGGGAAGCCUUUCAAAUGCAGCACUUGUGACAAGAGCUUCUGCAGGGCCAACCAGGCGGCCCGGCACGUGUGCCUCAACCAGAGCAUAGACACGUACACCAUGGUGGACAAGCAGACUCUGGAGCUGUGCACCUUCGAGGAAGGGAGCCAGAUGGACAACCUGUUGGUGCAGACGAACAAACCCUACAAAUGCAACCUGUGUGACAAAACGUUCUCGACUCCCAAUGAGGUGGUUAAACAUUCGUGCCAAAACCAGAACUCGGACGUCUUCGCCCUGGACGAGGGGCGGUCCAUUCUCCUGGGCAGUGGGGACUCGGAAGUGACGGAACCCGACCACCCGGUGUUAGCUUCCAUCAAAAAGGAACAGGAAACCGUGUUGUUAGACUGAAUGUUCCUUAUCUUUUUAAAAAACCUUGUCAUUUUUACACAGACUAUCUUCCUUCCCUUCCCCCAAUCCAGAACUGUAGCUCUCCACGUGGCAUGAGACGAACGCGUCCCUGGCCCCUCCCUCCCUCCCCCGCGCCGUCCCCAGCGCCGUCCCCAGCCCCCUCCUCCGGAAAGGCUUUGUGCAUCAUAAACCUGGAACAUAUUCACUUUAAUUCAGGGGAUAUUGGAAAGAUAAUGGUCAGUAGUACUUAUAAACUCAGAUUUUGAGAGGUUUUCGAUUAUUUAAAAGCAUCCUUGGAACUAAUGAAGGGUAUUUAACCAAACGAAACCACGCGAAUGGCAAUUUGGUAACAAAGCUAAAAUUAUGACUUUCCCUGGGUAAUAAGUCUUCCUUCUCAGAAAGAUAGUGUCUGGAAAUACAGCAUGCUUCUUAGAAAUACAGCGGGGCUCGGGACUAUGCACAAUCUCCAGGUGUGGGGAAACUUGAAACCCAAGAACAUGUUCUUAGUAUUUAUCCUCCAGGUGUCUUAUUUCAGAAUGCAUCCUUUGAGAUUAUGUCCAGUCAAGAAAAAUCAUUAGUUAAGAAAUCUACUUGAACAAAACACAGAAGAGGAAAAAGUAAUAAUGUGAUGGCAAUCUGAAUUUUUGGAUACAACAUGACAUGCUGUGAGUUUGUGUGUUUGGAAGAGAAAAUGUGUGGAUACCGGCUGUAAACAGGUGAAUGAAUGCACAUGCCUUAUCUGAUUGCUGGCUUUUCUCGAAGUUGAACAACAACAAAACACUGUGUUUUCGUUUCUGAUAAAUUUGUUGGUUGUUUUAAAAAAUCGGAUUUGAAAGAACUGUUCUGUAGGUUGUCUUUCUGAAUAGAAAACGACAUGCCAUUCUAGCAGUUGCCAGUGGUAAAUUUGUUUAGCACCAGUUAGCUGCUUUUAAAUCAGUGUGUGUGCGCAGGACAAAGGAUGCAGGAAUAUGCAUCUUACAGGGGAAGCUAUGAGCCGAUAGAGUAACUUUAAUGACUUUAAACGUCAAUGCUAAUAGUUCACUGGCAACAUUCAUGGAGGCAUUAGAAAUGGCCAAGAGAAAUCAGGACAAAAACCUUAAUUGCUCUUUGGGAAAACUCUGAAUUUUGAUGUUACAGUAUCCAAAUUUUUUCCCGACACCUGAAAUUUCCUCCAUUGGCCUGAAAGCAUAAACGUUGUCCAUUAAUCUUCCCUUAGGCCAAUAACAGAAUGGUCUCACAAGACAAAAUAGGAGCCAAAAAUAAGGACCGAAGGGGAAAGGGAAGAGCAGUUAAUAACUGUGCUGUAUGUGUAUGUUAAAAACUGAAUAUCCCGUCAUCCUGUUUCAUGUAUAGUUGAGUUCUCAGAUUUGUAAGUUUUUAUACAUACUUUCAUUGAAUAAACCUUUGAUUAAAUGGG